CUGUUAGUUGCUGUUGAUAUAGGGAAAUGAGCUCUUGUCACUGAUUGGUGGAGUUGUGUGACGUUGUCAAUGUGACAUCAGAGAAGGAGUCGCUGAUCACUGUGAGUAGAGGAGCUCGGGAACAGCUGAGCUGGGUGGACGGCGGAGAAUCUGUGUGUGUAGAGACGAUCUGUAGUGUUUGGGAUAAAGUCGGUGAAUUGUCGUGGUCGUACAUCAUCAUCAUCAUCAUCAUCAUGUUUCCUCAAAAGAACGUUGUGAGAGACCACUGGGGUUUUCUACUUCUAUGCAUUUCGGCCUUCAUUGCUGCUAGUUAUGGGAUAAAUUGUAGGCACCCUGGAGAAACAGAAAAUGGAGAUGUACACAUUGACAAUACACUCUUUGGAUCUAGAGUAAAUUAUACAUGUCAUACUGGAUACAAUAUGAUAUCCAGAAAGAGUUACAGAGAAUGCCAAGCAGAUGGACUUUGGAGUAAUGAAGUCCCUGUAUGUGAAGUUCAGGAUUGUGAGCCUCCAUACACUAUUACAGAUGGAUCAUUUAGCCCUGAAAAGGAUGAAUAUGUAUACCAAGACUCUGUAACAUAUCGGUGCAAUGAAAUAAAAUUUGCACUUAUUGGACAACCUUCUGUUUUUUGCACCGCUUAUGGAAAUUGGAGUUCUGAUGCCCCUAAGUGUGUUGCUGUUGAAUGUUCAAGUCCAGAUGUGGCCAAUGCAGCUAAAACAUCUGGGUUUUCUGGCCCAUACUAUUUAAAUUUUGCAGUCACAUUUGAGUGUUUUGCCGGCUUUACAAUGAAUGGCUCCAACUUUGUCAAGUGCAAUGCCAGCAGCCAGUGGGAUCCUCCGUUGCCUACAUGUAAUAAGAACAAUGUUGCAGAAGUUAUGGAGAACAAUGUUGCAGAAGUUAUGGGAAAUAUCAUUGUUAUCCUCACAAUGAUCUUUAUGGGACAUGUAUUAAGUCAUCGCUUCUGAGAUGUAAAUCGCAAAAGAAUAUUCCUUAAGAUGAGAUGUCUACUGUUGCACUAAAACCUGCCUGAUGUGAAGUGCCUAUGAAAUGCCUUGAUAUUCUUAUGAUUAAUUGCACUAAGUUUAUGUUAAUGGAGUUAUCUUGGUAAAGUACUUCAAAAGGUUUAUGCAAUAUUUAACCACAGAUUUCAGAUUUUUUAUUUUUUGUUAUGCUCAUUUUGCACUUUGGAGUAUUAAAUUGUGCCUUCUAUCAUGUUUGUAAACUAAAAAACAUACUCCUAGACUCACAUUAUUGAUAGUGUAAGAAGCUUGGGCCUAAAAUAUUUAUUUGCAAAUAACUGUAAAUGCUGGUAGGGGUUCUAUGUAUAAACUAUGUAGAAUUAUAUUGUAGGUGACCAAACUCA